AUAAACUGCUCUUAAUAAAUGGGUAUGGAAAGAAUCUUCCGUGGGUGGUACGUUUCUGAUAUCUGUUUUGCAAUAUUUUAGUUUAUAACUAUGACACACUUUAGCGUGCGCGAUUCUGCCUAAAAGCUUUAUAGCUCUCUAUUUUAUAUCUAAGAAUAUGUAUACCAAAUUUGGUUCCAAUCGAUUCCGCCGUUCAGCCGGAAAUAAGAGUAUAGACACACAGACCGACAGACAGACGGGUAUGAUCGAGAUUUUGUGUAGAUGAAGCGAGUGAACCCUGUGAAUUAAUCCAACAGUUUAGAUGAAAUAGGUAUAUACUUCUCUGCGGCCAAAUGGGCAUAGAUCCCAAUAGGGCUGAAAAAAAAAAAAAAAAACUGUCUAGGUGUAAAUAAUGCGUUGUGAUAUUAGCAUUUAACGUUUUUGAAACGGAACCAACACCAAAUUUGAAGGUUGGAACAAUCUAUGUUGCGUAAAUCGAAGUAGCGUAAAAAGCGUACCGAUUAUAUAAGCACCGUAAAUUUUAUUACCAAAGGAAAAUGAGUUAAUUUUAAAAAUCGUUCGGCGAGCGUUCCCUUUGGGCCACGGUGUUCCGUAAAUCCAAUUGUAACGAUUUGAAUUUCUCAACAAGUAUAGGUAGUAUAAUAAUUAACGGCGAAGUACCCAUUCAACGUUGAAACAAUAGAAUUUUCCAAUACCUGUGCUUCCAACGAAUUAAGCGGGUAAUUUCGCUUUCUAUUAUUAAAUUUAUCCAAUAACGCACGUCGCCUCAUUAUCCGUAGUAUGUUUCGUGGCAAAAACGAUUAAUUGUUUAUUGCCUGAUACGCGGGAAUGUUAUAAAAUGCGAAAUCCGAGCAGCGCAUUCUUUCGCUUUAUUACUUUUUAAUAAUUGGAAUAAGUAGAUCAAACCACGACUCCCACAUUUCUAGUGUCUAUCGCCUGCAUGCGGUGACAGAGCAGCGACCCUGUCUUAUUGCACAACACCUUUCUCCAUACUCAACGUAUGAAAGUUCUUCUAACCGAGAGUAGGGCAUACAAACAUAUAAAUACCGGUAAUUACUUUAUCAAUCAUCUGUAACAGGCCAGUCAUUGUGGGUGUAAAAUGAGAACAGUGCUUUUGUGUGGUGUGCUUUUAGUGAAAUGGGUUACGGCGCUGCCAAUCUCGCAGCCCGUCCUCCAGAGCCCUUAUGUGAACGCGCAGCAAGUGCAAGCCAUACAGUUUGUACCUAGGCUAGCGGCGCAACCCCAAAUACAGUACGUGCAGCAGCAGCAGCAGGCACUGCAACAGUCGGAUUCUGGAGAGAUUUAUGGGGGGUUGUCGCACAGGCCGUCCUCACCACCACCUCCGCCGCCACCACCCCCAAGCCCACCGGCGCAAAUUCAACAGCUUCUAUUACCCAGUGCCGUCGAUCGACAGGUACAGCAGGCGGCCGCUUACGUAGCCGGGCCCCAUUAUGCGCAACAAGUUCAGAACGUACAACUGCAGGGUCUGGCAAAUCAGGCACAAGACAUAGCGCAAAGAAGAGCUCACCUCACCGCUUUGAGAUUGAGACAAUUCCAGCCGCAACUUGCGCAGCAGCAAACGCAAGCUAAGCUCUUGGAUAACCGACCUCAACCUCAGGAGGUUCAAGCUCAGCCACAAGCUCCGGAGGAUUAUGAUGUAAGUAAUUUCUGUACGCUGUACCAGUUUUAG